CUCGCAAGAGGCAAGAAACCCCGCGGCCCGGCAUGCACCCUUCAGAGCGGGCUUGCGUCGAGGCCAUCCGUAGUUUCGUCCGUCAAGCAGCGGGCCCUCGGCGCGUGGGGCGCGUUGUUCAAAAGUUUGAAGUUUGUUCACAGCUGAUGCUUUCUACUUUUCUGCUAGAACACUACUACCACGAUCACUGCCAAACAGACUCAAUUCACGCUCGGCAUCCUCCAACAUGUCUGCCACCAAGUCGCCUGACACGCAGCAGACCAGGCGUCAGAUAAAAGCGUCAGUGCUACACGGCGCGAAAGACUUGAGGAUUGAAAGCAGAAGUUUGUUUCCACCAAACGCAGACGAGCUUCAGGUAGCGAUCCGGGCAACUGGUCUUUGUGGUUCUGAUCUCCAUUACUACCGCCAUUACCGCAAUGGCGACAUUAUGGUGCGAGAGCCCAUGUCACUAGGCCACGAAUCUGCAGGCGUUGUCGUUGGCGUGGGCUCAUCGGUCAAAGACUUCAAGAUUGGGGACAAGGUGGCGCUAGAAGUCGGUUUGCCUUGUGGAGAGUGUGACAGGUGCGGAGAGGGGAGGUAUAACAUCUGCAAAGCUAUGAGCUUCAGGAGCUCUGCAAAAGCAUUUCCUCACGCGCAGGGUACACUACAAGACAGAAUCAACCAUCCUGCGGCGUGGUGUCACAAACUACCGGACGAUGUCUCACUAGACCUUGGAGCAAUUCUAGAACCGCUUGGUGUAGCAAUUCACGCCACAAGAAGAGCAAAUCUUCCCACUGGAAGCACAGUUCUAGUCUUCGGAGCAGGCGCGGUGGGUCUUUUGGUGGCCGCAAUGGCGAAGAUUUCGGGCGCGAGUACGGUCAUAAUAGCUGACAUUGAUUCCGGGCGCGUGGACUUCGCGGUAAACAACGCGUUUGCACACAAGGGAUACACGGUCCCUAUGAAGCGAGGAAGUACCAUCGAGGAGAAUCUGGCCAUAGCAAAAGAGACGGCAGCUGAAAUUGGCAAGGUAAAGAAGUCAAGCGGUCAGCCUGCAGUGGAGGUUGAUGCCGUGUUCGAGUGCACUGGAGUGCCUUCGUGUCUCCAAGCAGCCAUAUUUGCCACUCGCCCUGGUGGUAAAGUGAUGUUAAUAGGCAUGGGUACGCCAAUCCAAACUCUCCCCAUAUCAGCUGCCGCACUCCGCGAAGUUGAUCUAGUCGGCGUCUUCCGAUACGCCAAUACGUACCCCAUGGGCAUUGAAGUUGUGUCAAAGAAGGGACCAGACUACCCAGACUUCUCAAAGCUGGUCACGCAUAGGUACAAGGGACUCGAGUCGGCCGUGCAGGCAUUCGACAUGGCGGGCAACACAAAAGACGUGGAUGGCAAGCUGGUCAUCAAGGUGGUCAUUGAGACGGAUGAAGAGGACAAAGCGCGUCUAUAAUGUCAACAUCUCUUAGCUUCGUAGACCACUGAGCUGUACAUAUCUUUCUUCUGGAGCUUUGUGCCAUUACACUGACCGUCCUGCCGUGCUGUGGAUGGUGCUCCUGUGUGCCAAAUGCAAAUGCGCAGCCCCUAACUCGGCACGACGCGUGGUUAC